UCUGUACAAUUCAUAUCACAUAUCUUCAAAGUUAAUUGAUCACCUCAUCGCUAUAGUGGCCUUUGGCGCCUUUGCCUGAUCCAAUAGUACCUCCUCUGUUCUUUCAUGGCCACAACUACUGGUUUCACCAAAACGAAGAUUUUGCUGCUUAGGAAUUGUAGGGGAGUAGGCAGCAGCCGGAGCGUGAGAGAGCUGGCGGGCGUGGCUCGUCCUCCUCACCAUCAUCAUCGUGAGAAUUACAGUGCAGCUGGGACAAUAAUGAAGAGUAGUGAUAAUAAGGAAAACAGCAUCAGCAGUAGUAAUAGUGGUAGCAGUGUGGGAGCAUAUGGGUGCUGGGUUCCUCAUCCUCGAACUGGGAUUUACUUCCCCAGAGGGCAGGAACGGGUGAUGGAGGAUGUGCCCGACGGCGCCGCCUCUCUCCGCGAGACCUACUGGUUUCGGAACAUCGACGGUGUUGACAAACCCGACCUACCGGCUACCGUAUCAUUAACCUCAUCUUCUUCAUCAUGAAUGUGCUUCCUCUGCUUCUAGUCCCCAUUCUAAUUAAUUAACUAAUUCCUACCGUAUCUAUCCAUACAAUUAUAUAUACGGUUAUACGCAUAUAAAUAGGUGGGGGAGAGAGAGAGAGAGAGAGAGAGAGAGAGUGGUGCAACUUUAUAUAUAUAUAUAUAUAUAUAUAUAUAUGUAUGUAUGUAAUAAAUAACGGGAUGAAGUUGUACGUGGGCAUGCAAGGAUGUGCAUGGCAGUGAUUCUGAAGAUGAUGAGAUGUAAUUUCAUGUAAAAUGAUUAUCAGGAAAAUCAAUAUAUAUGAUCCCAUAGUAUGAGAAGCUUUAUUA